AACCAUCCAUUGGUAUAUAUAUAGGUCGCUCCAAAGCAUCCUUUCCUCCAAAAUUUCAGAUUGCGUACAAGCUUCUGUCAUGGCCAUCUUACUGACCAUAAGAUUCUGGGUUUUGGCAGUAGCUCUUAGCUGUUUUUCUGUUCUUUAUGGCAACUUAGGGAGGGCAGAUGAGCAAGUGCCUCAAACUGGCGGUGUAGAAUAUGAUCCGGCUGAAAUUACUGCCAAAGCAUUGCUUUGUUUCAAUAAUAAAUAUAUUUACAGUAGCUGUGAAGAAUCCUAUAGAUUGUCUGCUGGAGGAAAACUCGACGUCCCUCCUCAAAGUACUGAUGAAUACUGCAACGGGCCAUGCCUAACUGAGACAAACCUUGUGCUAAGCUGCAUUGACAACAUCUUCGAAAACUUCUUGUUCUAUAACAAGGCUACAAUACAGGAUGUUAGAGAUACAAUUACUGCAGCAUGUGGCCAUGGCCAGGAAAGAGGUAACUUUGAUGUAACUGAGCACAUGAAAACUGAAGCAAGCAAUGCAUACAAGGCCGUAAAUCAGAUUCUCUUUGGGUUUGGAUUGAUGAUUAUGGGGCAUGGUUUACUGCCGUAAUAUGUGUAAUAAUAUGAAUCACUUCCCAUAUAUGGGCUAUGUUUAUCGCUCUUAUAUGUAUACUAAUUAUAUGAAUAACGUUAUAGAUAUGACCA